CGGUCACGACAGCUGAGAAGCUCGAUCGGCCACCCCAGACCCACCCUUUCUCUCUUUUCGACCUCUACCUCGACAACAAGCCAGGCGCUGUACAUGUCUCUGAGCAGGCUCUCUCCAUCCCAUCAUGUCAACAGAGGUCAAAUUUCGAGGCGCAAUGUCCAUCUUUCAUCGUCUGAACGGAAUACCAACGAACAAAGCGGGAGUCCGCGCCCUACGACGCUAGGUAUAGAGUCGGCUGUGAUGCGUCUAUUCGCGUCUACAAAGAAGUUGUUGGUAGCAUUGACACAGUGGAGUUUGAUGAAAGUGAACGAGGACUAUGUCAGCGAUGUAUACGUUCGGGUGGGAAAUGACUUCCAUGCAGCCAUAACAGCAUUUUCCCAGUUUAAUGUCGACAUGAGUGAGUUUUCUUCAUUUCCAGCCGACUUGCGGAAUGUCCUAGAGCAGUGUCUUGCUGAGGACCCUACACCCGAGAAUCUCGAAGUAUACCUUCCGACUGUGAAAAAGAUUACCAACGUACUCUCCGGUCUGCACGUAAAGCAAUCUGCUUGCCGUCGCCAGCUCUCUGACCAACGGCGGGGUUCCCAACAUGACAGCCGAACGGACAGUCGCUCGUCCUGCCGACCAAACUCUCGCCUGAGCCCACUCUCGAGGAGCACUGCGGAGGAUGGUGAAGGUCGGGGAACUGCUCCCCCUUCCAGCAGGAGGAAUAACGAGAAAGCGUCCCGCGGCCCGCUCAGUCCCGUCGGGGAGGUUUCCUUUGAAAGUUUAUCAUACCCCGAACAGACAUCUUACACAUCCCAUAAAUCAUCGUCAUCACACCGCCCGCCUGUUCCAUCCAAACCUCCUCCAGUCGUCGGCUCUUCCCCUUCAAAGUCUUCUUCUCAGCGAACUUCCACAACGGAGACGAGGCGUCACGCAUAUGUAUGCUUACCACGGCCGCCGUCUCCGGAUGUCAUUGUUGAACCCCCGAGUCCGGAAAGCCAAGAAGAAGCAUCAAAUAACCGCGACCUUCCGUCGACUGACGCCGCGACUCCCGACGUGGUAGAUUCACUUGUGGCUCUAAAUCAAAGUGAUAUUCUUGAACGCCGGGCUUCAAAGCGAUACUCAUCCUACAAUAUUUCUAAAAUGAUUGACUCUACGCGAGAAAAAUUCAUGGGCAAGACGCGCUCCAUGUUGGUCUCGCCUGCGUUGACGCCGAGGGAGCUGGCAGCUCUUGCUAAUCUAGAAGAUGACAGUGCUUCUCCUUCUUCCUCUUCUCCCGGACCGCCUCUCGGCCGAGGGUCUGUUUUGUCUUCUCUUUCCCCUUCGCUCGGUACAAUUUUACAGUCACCAGCACGCCCAAUAUCUCCGUCAAAAACUCGCACGCCCAAUCGCACGCCCAACCGCACUCCCAACCGUACUCCGGAACCACCGGAACGUCCUCCAUCCCCAAAGAAACCAUCAACUUCAAUUCUCGGCAGGGGAUGUCCACCCGUUUCGUCAAAGUUGACUGUCUUCCUACAAGUCGAUAAAGAAGUGAAGAAAACUGUAAUUGAACGCGGUCUGUCGCUGCCUUCGAUUCGAUUGCUAUUCGUCGACCGUUUCUCCUACAAUCCCAGUGCUGAUAUUUUCCCUGCCAUCUACAUUCGUGAUCCCUCGAGCGGUGUACGGUACCAGCUGGAAGAUGUAAACGAGAUUCAAGACAAAUGUUUACUUUCAUUGAAUAUCGAACCCCUCGACCAGGUUAAACAACACAUGGAUACGCAAAUUUUGACCUUAUCUGAGGAUAUGAAAGAGUUGAAGUCUGCUGUCAACAGAAUUAGCACGCAGUCCCUCAUGUACAGCCCCAUAGCUGAGAGUGCCCCCUCGACUCCCCCACCGGUUUCCGCUCGCCUGUCACGGUUCACUGGUUCAAACUUCUUCCCUGCCACUCCGCCUCAGACUCCUUCCACCUCCAGUCAGGCGUUGAAACCGCAGUUGACGUCUACUGAAUAUCCUCCUCGCGCCAUGGCCGAGCUGAGGACCCAGUUUGACGAGGUACAAUCCUUACGGAGGGAUCUGGGCGUCAUGAGACAGCUCUACACUGAUUUCAUGAAGCAAACCAAGGAUUCUUUGGGCAAUCUGCGUACGCAGACUCAAACAGUGAAACAACUAGCCAAUGCCAGUGUUGGCGGCGAUCGUGCUAUUGUUGACGCCGGCAAGAAGGCUCUCGAUUCUCGGAGCCAGAAUAUUUUGACAGAGGUGGAGAGACUGCAGGAUGCGAUUGAUGCUGUGAAGGCCGACGUAUUGAAGAAACACAUAACGCCCAAGCCGCAAUACAUGAAGUCGAUCCGGAAGGAUGCAGACGCGGCGGCAUCCGAGCUAGAGAGCCUCAAGGAGCACCUCGCGACGAUCAAGCCCAUGUGGAAGAAGACGUGGCGAGAAGAGCUCCAGAAUAUCGUCGAGGAGCAAGAGUUCCUCAAUCAUAACGAAGAGCUCCUUAGUGAUCUUCUGGAGGAUCAUAAAGCUUUGGGGGAGGUCCUGGGACAUCUAGAGCAGGUCGUUACCAUGGGAUCACAUAGGGGACGGGGACGCCCUCCUGUGGUCCGCACGGAAGGCAAGGGUGAUCUGGGCACCGUGUUGAUGCAGAUACGAAGCGCGGCUGUAGAUCCGGACAAGCGUCUGAAAGCCAUAGAGGAGAGCCAGAAGAAUCGGGAGAAAGAGAUGGCUAAGAAUCGGCCAGACGACAAUCUACAGGCCAAGUUGACGGAGUUUGUUGGCGGGAAGAAGUUGAAACUAACGGGUGGAGUGGAGGAAGUGGAACGGCUGAGGCAAAAGCGGAGUGAUCAGGCGUUAAAGACCAUGUUCAAUGGCGCUCAGGCGGGUUUGAACAGUCCUUGAAUUCUCGUGUUUCUUCUGUGCGUUGUUAAAAUCCUUGUAGCGAUUUCUUGGUUAUACCAGUACAUAUGUAGAUUUGCUUAUCUAGUCGGACUUUUGUAUAUCUUCGGACUAUUGUAUAUUCUAGGAUCGUGCUCCUAUGUAACACCUAAUCUCGUAGUAUGUUCUCAAUAGCUAGUGUUGGUAGCAAGUCGGUAGCAGUUAUGUUGUAUUGUGCAUUGAAGAUGCGGCAGGACUGCUUCUAAAUUUAGAUCUUGAGCGCUGUUUCGCCUAAAUUUAGGUUCCCAUUCACUUCGCACCCUG